AUGCUCUUCUUUGGUGGCAUCAUUUUUGGCUUCAAUGCUCUCAUCCCAGUUCUCCAAAAAGAAAGCAUUUACAGCCAUCUUUGUCAGAACAUAACAGCAGGAAGCAUAGGCUGUAACGAACAGGUUACAAUGUAUGGCUACGCGUUCACCACCUACAUGGUUGUGCAAAUGGUUUUGCUUUUUAUUGUCGGCUUUCUUGUGGACCACGUUGGGCUUCGGAUUGUGAAGCUAAGUGCUUCAAUUUUGUUCUCGAUUGGAGCUGUCCUUUUCGGCAUUGCCAAUAGUGCGAAUUCUUGGGUAAUAUUUCCCGCGGGUAUCUGCGUUUGUGUGGGUGGAAUGGCAGGUCUCAUCUGCAAUUUUUCAAUUUCCAAACUUUUCAACAAGACCUCUACGUUGGUUCUCGCGCUCAUAACUGGUUCUUAUGACGCUGCGUCUUCGGUGUUUGCCGUUUUCGCGGUAGCUUACGGUGCUGGCUACUCCUAUAAUUUGACCUUCUUCCUCUUGGCAGGAGUGGGAUUGGCGAUGAAUUUAUUUAGCAGUCUGUUUGUGACAACUUAUCGGAUGUCCGACAUGUCGGUAUUCCGGGCUGCAAUCAACUCCAGUGCUCCAGAGGACAAGUCAGUGGAAGUAAUAAUGGCCAGCGUGAAGGAACGGGCUCUUGUGAAACACCGGGCACUGUUUGCUUUUGAAAUCGGAGGCGGUCGUAGUGAGUUUCGCAAAAUGGGAGACACGGAGAAGGCGGAUGAAGAGGCUUCAGUCGAGACGUCACUGGCACACGAAGGCCAGAUAUCUAAGAUGCUCCAUGAAUUCUACCCCACAGUGUUAACUUCUCUCCGAUCACUGCCAUUCAUUCUCAUCACUUGCUUUUUCUCCUUCGCGAUGGUUCGGUUUACAUUUUUCUUGACUCAGUUUUCAAUUCUAAUGGAGGAUCAUUUUCCCGGUCAACCGGAGACCGUGAUGCACCUGAGUCAGACUCUCUCCUUUGCUCUGGCUGGUGGGAUCCUCGCGGGAGUGACGUGCGGCUCCAGCAUAGAUUUCCUCCGGGCGAGGAUGCAUUCGCGAGUGGCAGAGUGUUUGGCGCUCGGCGCUAAAUCAUCGGUCUUCUGGCUCCGUCUUUGCCCUCAUGCAGCAGCCAUGGUAGUGGUGACUGUGGCAGCCACGUGUCUGAGCGCACUGGUGUUUAUUGCUUCGCCGAUGUUUUACUAUGUAAAUUUCUUCUUCCUUGUGGUGAUGCGUGGCUUCCUGUUCAGCACGAUCAGUGCCUUCAUUAUGACUGCGUUUCCGAUUGAGCAGUUUGGGACGCUGUAUGGCAUCAGUGGGUCGCUGGCAGGGGCAUUCUCGUGCAUUCAAUACGCCCUUCUUUCUCCGACCGUGAAAGUUGCAAAUCUGAUUAGCUUCUUCUUCGUCCCACUCAUGGGAGCGGUCCCCAGUGCCGUCCUUGUAAAGGCAUUCACAACCUGGAGACAGCGCAGCAGAAUUCCCAGUGAGGAACGAAAGCUGUAA